UUUUUUUCACUUUUUCACUUUCUCACUUUUUCACCUUCUUUUUUUAUUUGUUCAAUCAUGAAAAUUAUCCCCAUUAGUGUUCUUGAUGAUAAUUACUCGUAUAUUCUUAUAGACGACAAGACAAAAGAAGCUGCUGUGAUUGAUCCUGUUGAGCCCAUCAAGAUUUUAAACGUGAUCAGUCAAACAGGCUCUAAAUUAUCAAGCGUGUUUACAACCCAUCAUCAUUGGGAUCAUGCAGGAGGAAAUAUUGAACUUGUAGCCAAAAAACCCGGAUUAGCAGUGUAUGGUGCAGAUGCCCGUAUCCCAGAAAUCAAUUAUGUCUGUAAAGACCAUGAAGAAUUCAAAUUAGGUUCAUUGGAGAUUAUACCUCUACAUACGCCAUGUCAUACAAAAGGGCAUGUAUGUUAUUAUGUCUCUGAUCCAGCCACAGGCGAAAAAGCCGUAUUCACUGGCGAUACAUUGUUUGUAGGUGGUGUUGGAAAAUUCUUUGAGGGUGAUGCUCGUGAUAUGUAUCGAAUUCUAUUUCAUGUACUUACAAAAUUGCCUGAUGAAACCUGGGUUUAUUGUGGGCAUGAAUAUACAAAGAAUAAUCUCAAGUUUGCUCUUACAGUAGAACCACAUAAUGAAGCACUUUUAGCUAAAUGGAAUUGGUGUCAAGAUAAACAUAUUACAGUCCCAUCUACUAUUGGACAAGAAAAGAUGUUCAAUCCUUUUCUAAGGGUGAAUGAACAAUCAUUACAAGUGAUGGCAGGGAAAUCAGACCCAGUAGAAGUGUUGCAUACAUUAAGAGAAAUGAAAAAUAACUUUGUUUAAUCAUAAAUCAUUUAAUUCUCUGGACCCAUAAGUGCUUGGUUUUCUUGGUCUUCUUGAUCGUCUUCUUGAUCGUUUUCUUGAUCGUUUUCUUGAUCGUUUUCUUGAUCGUUUUCUUGAUCGUUUUCUUGAUC